UUUCUCUUUUAACUGCUUCCUCCGGGGAAAUGGAUUCCUCUGGAUCUCAGAAGCUGGAAGAGAAAUUAACAUGUUGCAUUUGUCUGGAGAUGUUUACCAUCCCUGUGACUGUGCCUUGUGGACACAGUUUUUGUGAGAAGUGCAUCAACAGCCACUGGGACAAAGAGGAACAAGGCCAGAAGAUCUGCACUUGCCCUGAAUGCCGAAAUAGCUUUCCAGAGAGACCCAAACUUAGCAAAACUGUCCAGCUUGAAAACCUGGUAGAGUUGCUGAAACUGGAAGAAUUCCCGCCAGGUGUCUCAGAAGGAGAGAUGAGGAAAGCAGCUGGUUCUCGGGCAAGGCUAUGCCCAAGUCAUGGCCGGCCCUUGGAGCUUUACUGUGUAACCGAGAAAUGCUGCAUCUGCUGUGUGUGCACUGUGAGAAGCUGCCAAAAGCACCAGAGGGCUCUCUUUGAAGAGAGACGGAAAGCUCAAGAAUCUAGCGGAAUAAUUAUUUUCUAUUUUUUGCAGGAGCAACAUCUCCUUUCUCCAUCUAGUAAACUGGAAGUUCCUCCAGUCAUUCAACUUGACUUGGAUAAGAAUGCAAAUACCGUUACCAAGUUCUUCACUGAAUUCUACAAGCUUUUGGAGGCACUUCCGUCAAAUCUUUUGAAUCCACAAAUGGGUGGCAGAAAAAUCAGAUUUGAGCCAAAGGUAUUUGUGGAGAGGAUGCCUGGACCUUGUCUUUCAGAGAAUGAACUCAGGACAAAGCUUCUAAAGGAUCAGCAGAAUUUGACAUUUGAUCCAGUCACAGCCAACAAAUACCUGCAGAUAUCCAAUAACAAUCAGAAAGCAACUCAUCCCCAAUUUUUUCAAAAACCAAAGCCAAAUGACUCUCAAAGGUUUGAGCCUUGGCAAGUCAUGUGUACUCAGAACUUCAGCCAAGGCAGUCAUUACUGGGAAGUAGAGUUAUCCAACCACUCCGUCAUUGUUGGCGUAGCGUGCGAAACAUUCACCAGAUCGAAACAGGCUCAUCAGAAGUUCACCAUUGGGUUGGAUAAACUCUCCUGGGGCCUGCAUAUCCAAGAACACAACUACGUGGCUUGGUACAAUGACAAGUCUACAAAGAUCAAAGAACCUCUGUGCAAAUUCAUUGGAGUUCUAUUGGACUGUGAUCAAGGAACGAUAUCCUUUUACAGCAUAGACAAUAAUAUGAAAUGCCUCCAUGUUUUUCACGCCAUCUUUAUGGAGCCUCUGGUCCCAAUUUUCUGGCUUUGUGAAGGUACAGCUGUGACUCUUUGCCAAAGGCCACCCAGCCAGAUUAUAACUGAUGAGAGGACACCUGAUUUACAGGUAUAGGCAAAGACUGCCCUGCCCCCAUGGAAAAACUCUGAGCAAGCAAAUAACUCUGGAACUUUGAAAAAAACUUUUAGCUACUUGGCUGCACAGACAAUUCUUUUCUUUUCUGUAUUUUAUAGCUGUCUUGUGAAUUGCAAGUCCUCCUUGCCCUUCCAGGUGAAGAUGCAGUUACAGUAGAUGCUUAUAUAGCACAGAAUCUGAUGCAUGUGUGUUUUGGGGCUGCCUAAAGCUUUCUGGCAAACUACAAAUAUUAAGAAAUAUCAAUAAAGAAAUAGUGUGAACAAAAAAAACAACAACUUUUAAUUGGGAAAUUGUCACAGCCAAUAAGAAUCAAGUUGGGCAAUAAAGAAAUACACAAUAAUGUUUACCCUAGGCAGAUCAUUGUUGACAAGCUCUCUGGAGUCACUUCAUUGUGAAAGGUAUGUUGUGAAACAGUGAAGUACAUAUAUACAUUAGUUUCUCAUAUAGAUGACUGUAUACUAACAAGUUCUUAAGAAUUAAUUUUCCGGAAAGCAAUUUUUAACAUUUAUUUUUGUACCCUUUUUCCUAUUAGAAGAGACUAUAGUAGAAUAUUUUACAAAAUAAUUAAACCCAGUCUUUAAAAAGAUCAACAUCAAUAAAUAUUUGAUAAGAAAACAAUUAUAAAAAAUACAAGCAUUAAUGUUUUGUUUUUUAAGGAAACAGUUUAAAAGGAAAUCUAGAUCUAGGGCAGGUUUUAUUUUGUUUUCCUAAGUUGGUGAAAAUUUGCAGUUGAAAGAAAGCUUAUUUUUCUAUGGAGAAAAUUAUGACAUAUCUAAAACUAGCAUUACAGAUUUUUGUCAUGUUUAUUAUCAUUUUUAUUCUGUUCAUUCAAAAGGAAAGUUGGAAUAAUAAUAUCUAAAGAUUCUCAGAACUGCCCAUUAGCACGAUACCU